UGGGGUCAAAAGAUGGAGGAUUGAGAAUAUUUAGUUUAAUGAUACAAAUGUCUAAGAAGUGUGCAAUUAGUUAUGAAGACCCAGAAGAUGUGUAGUAAGCUUGGGGUCUUUGAGCCCCUGAGAGGGUUGCUGGCUUUAAUGGGUUGACAAUCCAGCCCUGUGACUUACUCCUAAACAGCUUUUAAACAUGUCUAAACUGGAAUUGAAGAGUUAGGAAAAAUCAUGUUGUGCUUAAAUGACUCACUCUUUAUCAUACUUAUCUGGUCUUCUGUUGUCCCACAGAUGUGACUGUUGUGUGCUAAAUAUGGGUCAGGUCGAAGAAGCCAAAGUGUCGUGCCUUAGCAUUCUCACCUACCACAGAGAGCUGCUGGUGUCCAGGCUAAGGAGCAUUCAGUGCAUCCUCGACAAUCUGUUGGCAUGUGGCUUCCUCUGUGAAGAAGAUGUUGAGAUUGUUCAGCGAACUGCCACUAAGACGGAUCAGGUGCGCAAAAUCUUGGAGCUAGUCCAAUGCAAAGGGGAGGAGGCCUGUGAAUACUUCAUUUUCAUCAUAUAUAAUGUAUGUGAUGCUUACAUAGACCUCCAGCCAUGGCUGAAAGAGAUCAGCUACCAACCAAGCAAUGAAGUAAGACAGUUGAAAGUGGUCAACACAGAUCCUAUCAGUAGGUACUGUGAGAAGUUGAGACAUGAAAUGAACCGGGACAGCAGCUUCAUCAUGUCGUAUGGCCAGAAAGAGGAAACCCGGCUGGAGAACCUCUACACUGACACUAUGAUGGAGCUGUUUAAUGGCUGCAAUGAAAGUCAGGGUUUCUUCGAGAAUCUGGACCAGCUCCUGGGAGAACAUGCAGUUUUCAAUCCCCAAGGUGAAAUCAUCUAUGUAGUGGGAGAUGCUGGUGUGGGAAAAUCCAUCCUUCUGCAGAAGCUUCAGAACCUCUGGUCCAAGAAGGAGCUGCAGACAGAUGCCAUCUUUUUCUUCAAGUUUCGCUGUAGGAUGUUCAGCCUCUUCAAGGAGACAGACCAGAUCUCCCUUAGAGACCUUAUAUUCAAGCACAGCUGCUACCCAGAUCACGAUCCAGAUAAUGAAAUCUUUGAUUACAUCCUGCGCUUCCCUGAGAAGGUUAUAUUUACUUUUGAUGGCUAUGAUGAGAUUCAGGAAGAUCUGGAUCUGAUGAAUGUUCCUGAGGUGGUGUCACCAGAGGGCAAGGCCAACCCCCUCCAGCUGCUCAUCAGCUUGCUCUGUGGCAAACUACUCAAGGGCUCAAAGAAAGUGCUGACAGCUCGAACAGGGAUUGAGAUUCAAAGUAAGGUGAUCAGGAAGAAGGUGAUUCUGCGCGGGUUCUCCCCAGCUCACCUAAAGACUUACAUUGAUCUGCACUUUAAGGAGCAGGAGCACAGAGAGCUGGUGUCAGUUCAGCUGGAUGCUAGUCCUUACCUCUGUGGACUGUGCUCCACCCCGCUGUUCUGCUGGAUUGUAUUCAAGAGCUUUCGGCAUCUGCACGCAAUGCACGAUAGUUUUCACCUGCCUGACACCUGCGUCACACUCACUGACAUCUUUCUCCUGCUGUCUGAGGUGUUCCUCAGCCGCUUAGCUUCACCUGCACCAUCUUUAUUGAAGAAAAGCACUCGCUCCACCUCAGAGACAUUUACAGCAGGGCUCAGGCCCCUUGCUGCAUUUGCCAAGCUAGCACUUCAGGGUAUAGAGAGAGGGAGCUUCAUUUGCAGUCAAGAGGAGAUCAGUGCAUGUGGUCUGACAGAAGAGGAUGUGCCCCUGGGAUUUCUUAGACCUGUUAGUGAAAUUGAUGCCAGUGGAAGCCCUGCUACCUUUGAAUUCAUUCACGUCACCCUCCAGUCUUUCUUGGCAGCAUUUGCUCUUGUGUUGGAUGAGCAGUCUGCUGCCAGCUCCAUUCUUAAGUUCUUUACAGAGUGCAGCAGGAAAAGAGAACCGUCCUGUCUGCCCUUUGAUGUCUGUAUCUGUAGCUCUACAAAGCGUGGUGAAAAGAAGCCAUUUGCACCUAACGAGCACCUUCAUUUCACUAAUCUGUUUUUGUGCGGACUGCUGUCCAAGACUCACACUGGCCUGAUGGGACAUCUGUUAUGUCCUAUUUCGUUAAAGAGAAAACGGGCCUUGCUGAAGUCUUACCUGUCCACCAGUGUCAAGUCCCACCUGCAUGGCUUACCCUACUACAAUGGUAACGAAGGCAAGAGGGUUCAUGUUAUGCCCAACUUCCUGUGGAUGCUGAGAUGCAUCUUUGAGACAGGGAGCAAAGACAUUGCUAAGGUGACAGCAAAAGGCAUCACAGCCGGAUUUAUCAAACUGGGUUACUGUAACGUGUAUUCAGGUGACUGCACUGCCCUGAACUUUGUCCUGCAGCAUCGUAAGAACCUCCUGGGGCUCGACAUGGAUAACAACAACAUCAGCGACUAUGGAGUGAAGCAGCUCAAGCCUUCUUUCUGCAAAAUGACAGUAGUGAGAUUGUGUGUCAAUCAGCUGUCAGACAGCAGCAUUGAGGUUCUUGCAGAGGAGCUGUGUAAACACAAAGUUGUGAAAACUUUGGGGCUUUACAACAAUCACAUCACAGAUGUUGGAGCCAAGCUGGUUGCUCAGAUAAUUGAGGAAUGCCCAAAGCUCCGAGUUGUCAAGAUUGGUAAUAACAAGAUCACUAGUGUUGGUGGGCGGUAUCUGGCCAACGCAAUUCAGAAGAGCACUUCAAUAUUUGAUGUGGGGAUGUGGGGGAACAGCAUCCGUGAUGAAGGAGCUGAAGAAUUUGCUCAAGCUUUGAGGAACCACCCAAGCCUUACCAACCUCAGUUUGUCAUUCAAUGGUAUCACAUCAAAAGGCGGGAAAUGUCUGGCAGAAGCACUAAAAGAGAACAGCGUCCUCAGGAUAUUCUGGCUGGUGCAGAAUGAGUUGACUGAUGUUGCAGCUCCACACUUGGCUGAAUUGAUCAAAGCAAACACUGGUUUAAGCCACCUCUGGUUAAUCAGCAACCAGUUCACUGUGGAUGGAAUUAGACACCUCGCUGAAGCACUUACUCACAACACAGAUCUCAAAGAGAUAUGUGUGAAAGGAAACAAGCUCUCUGAAGAGGAAGAGAAAGAAUUUCUGUCAGAGAAACGGCUGCGGUUCCACUGACAGGGUCCUAAAAUCAGACAUGUGCACGUGAUGUGACAUGUGUUUCUCAGAAAACAUGGAGUGUGUUCACUGUGUGUAUGCAAAGUGUUAGCAGUAGCACACUGAUGUGCUGUCAUGUUAGACUUUAUGCCUUUACCUAAUGCUGGGGGCAGGGAAUUCUGUGGAUUCUGCACUUGAUAAACCUUUAUUUUCAUGUGCUCUGAGCAGAAUGUAACUUUCCUGUUUCAUGCAGGGGAAGUCUAUAUGAAACUUUGCCAUGUCAUAUAUGAAAACGGGAAGUGGAAACGAACAAGAAGUUACAACAUGCCAACCACCUUACAUGCACAUUUUGUUUUGUAAUAAUGCAAUACAUAUAAACAAUAUAAACUGUAAAUAACUAUUUUAUUUAUGAUUUGACUUGGUUGUUACCCAAGAUACUGUUAGUUUUCCGCAUAAAGUACAGACUGAAAAUUGUAUCACCAUCUCAAUAUUUGCAUUACCUGAACAAUAGCCCAGCAGUAGCAACUCAAUGCCAGAAAAUUUAGCAGACCUUUUUAUUUUGUAUUUUACUGUAUUUAUUUUUUUUACUGAAAUCUUUAUUAUGACAAAUGUAUCUUCACCACCAUCUGGACAAAGACUGUGCUAAGAGCCAAAGAGCAAGUGUUAUUUUCUUGGAUGCCUUCUUCAUGUAAUGAAAUGAAAUGAAAAAUACUUUAUUUAUCCCAGAAGGGAAAUUCAA